CAGACCAAAAAAGAAGAAGUAAUGCUCUCCAUACAUUUAGUCGGUAUAUAUACACCGUCUCCUUGUUAGGACCUCUCAACAUUCAUUUUCGAAAGAAGAACAUGGAGACAAUGUCUGCCAAUUACGAGGACCGAGACACACUGUUCAACUUCGUGGUCAAAGAAGGUAAUGGCGUGAAGGGUCUGAUAGACUCUGGCAUAUCUUGUGUUCCACAGCCUUUUGUCCAACCGCUCUCUGAGCGAAUCGCGACCCCAAACGGCCAAACGUGUGAAGCUGUCCAGCCAAUAGAUAUUUCCCAGCUAGACGGUCCAUGCCACACGGAGGUGGCCAAACAAAUUGUUGAAGCUGCUGAGACGCUUGGCUUCUUCCAGGUGGUGAACCAUGGUGUUUCGGUAGAGCUGCUUGAAUUGCUGAAAAUGUCAGCUCAUGAGUUUUUCGAACAACCUCCUGAGAACAAAGCGGUUUACCUAAAAGAAGUGAGUCCAAGCAAGCUAGUUAAGUACGGGACAAGCUUCGUACCAGAGAAGGAGAAGGCCAUUGAGUGGAAAGAUUAUGUGAGCAUGCUUUACACCAAUGACGACGAGGCUCUUCAACACUGGCCUCUACAAUGCAGAGAGGUGGCACUUGAUUUCCUAAAAUCAUCAAUGGCAAUGGUGAAAAGAAUAGUUGAAGUUUUGGUGGAGGAUGUAGGAGUGAUCCUUGAAGAAGAGAGAAUGAACAGUUUGAUGGGGACCAAGAUGGUCAACAUGAACUACUACCCAACAUGUCCCAGCCCCGAGCUCACUAUAGGCGUCGGUCGUCACUCCGACAUGGGAAUGUUAACUGUUUUAUUACAAGAUGGCAUUGGUGGUCUCUACGUUAAAGUAGAUAACGGUGACUGGCUUGAGAUCCCUCCUCUCAAUGGAGCCUUAGUCAUCAAUGUUGGCGAUACUUUGCAGAUUCUAAGCAAUGGGAAGUAUAAAAGUGCGGAGCAUAGGGUUCGAACCACAAACAUCGGAUCGAGAGUCUCUGUGCCUAUUUUCACGGCACCUAAUCCCUCGGAGAAGAUUGGUCCAUUGCCCGAAGUGGUGGAACGUGACGGGGUGGCUCGUUACAAAGAGGUGUUAUUUCAAGACUACAUGAACAACUUCUUCAGCCAACCACACGAUGGCAAGAAGUCUCUCGACUUUGCUCGUGCCGAUUGAUACUAUUACCACUUCUAUCAGUGAUUGUGCCAA